AUGCAGGAGGCUCAUGCCCUACAAUUCACAUUGCAGUGCAUCAGUCAGGGAGGCGGAGGAGGGCUCGGUCGAGGAGGUUCUCCAUCCGCGUUAUAUACCUUCUUCAAGCCGGGCAGAGGGACAGGAUUCGAGAUGAGGAGCUUCCCUUCGCCCCAAAGUUCGCGGGCGAGCUUGGAGCAGUUCCAGAUUCUCCAGGAUGCCCUCGCUGCCGACAUCCAGAAGCUCUCGCGGAACGUGCAAAGUCUGAAGCGACCGGUGAACCAGUUGGGAACAUCCAAGGAUGCCUGGCAAUAUAAGACUCAAAAGAUGGAUACCAGACGGGAGCUGCAGUGCCGCACGAAGCAGAUGGCGGAAGACGCAACUGCCGCGAUAAAGACACUCCAAGCGCAACUCCGCUCCCUACCGAAGGAGGAGCAGAGGGUAAGGAAAUUACAGUUGGACCGCCUGAGGGACCACUUGCUAGAUGUGGCGAAUGAGUUCCAGAGCCUGCAGAUAGAGGAGCAAAACUUGAAACGGCAGCAGAGGGAGCAGCUCCGGGCCAGAGCUCCUUCGCUCACUGUCUUCAACGGUCCACUUGGACGGGCAGACGAGAACGGAGGAGUCCUGAUGGAGCCGAAAGCAUCAGAGUCGAUAGGAUUCCAAGGUGAUAUCCAGAGGCAGCCCCUCAUGUAUGAAGACUUGGCUGCACUGCGAGAAGGGGAGAUUACCUUACGAGAACUGGAGGGAAAUAUUGAGGACAUGAACCAGAUUUUCACGGAACUGGCGGCCGUGGUGCACGACCAAGGGCAGAUGGUGGACGACAUCGGGGCGAACGUCGAGAAUGCCCAAUUCGGCAUCGAUCAGGGCAACCGAGCGCUUCAAAAGACAAAAUCCUACCUGUGUUCAUUAAGACGGAAGAAGUGCAUAAUCGCAUCGAUCUUCAUAGUCUGUGGCAUUUUCAUUGUCGUUGGCCUCAUCAUCUACCUCUACCCCCGAAAAUAGAUUUUAAACUGGAGAAACCAUCCCCUUUUCCAUUUUGGGGAUCUGAAUUUCCCAAAGGUCCCGUGGAACUGUGAUGAAUACCAUAUUUACUCUAACUCCUCGCUCUUGGAGCCUGUCCAAAUAAAAACGGAAAGGUGUUUACCUGCGUGUCCAAUUCACUUGGAUCUAAAAGAGUCGAUCGAGACCUCUAUUAAUUACUGUCAAUAAUAUACUGUCUGGAACAUCACUAAUAAAAACGUGGC